UACUGCAAUCAAGAAUAAACCUUCAUCUCCAGCACGGAGUCAUGCAGACCGCUCAGGAUCCGCCGCUCCUUCCAACUUAUGGCUUCCCCUUUCUCCUCAAUCCCCUGAUCGGAUCUUACCACUUCCCAGCUCUCCGCUGUCACUAUCGCAACCCCGACAUUUAUUCUCAGAACUUUAAAUCCACAUCUCCUAUCUAAAGUUGCCGGGUCGUCUUCCAGUCUGGCAGCCUGGAAAGUCGUUUGCACCGCCCCAGCCGUUCGCGUGCCCCGUACGGAGUAGAUCUCCGCAACCGUCGACUGAUCUUGGCUUCCGAUCGCCGCCAUGACCUCCCGCUGUGAGGAGCAUAGCCUUACGACUGAGAACCCCUCGAGUUUCUUCACAGAUACCCCACAACGGCAGUCUUCUUCCGCCGACAUGUCGGCCCCUAUGAGCGACGGCGAGGCUGAUGUUGGCGAUGAUGACUCGGCCUACGGAGGGGACUCGUUGAUCGGAGAUGACACCAUGACUUUGUCCACUUACAUCACCGACUACCGAUACGAGUAUGGUCGUCGCUAUCACUCGUAUCGUGACGGCGCCUACUGGGGGCCGAACGAUGACAUUGCCAACGAACAGCAGGAUCUGGCGCACCACAUGUACUGUUUGACUCUCGAUGGGAAGCUGCACCUGGCACCGAUUUCAAAUCCACAGGAAAUCCUGGACGUCGGCACUGGAACCGGAAUUUGGGCAAUUGAUAUGGCAGAUGAAUAUCCCAGUGCUAAAGUUACCGGGGUAGACUUGUCUCCGAUUCAGCCUGCUUUUGUCCCUCCGAACUGCGUCUUCGAAAUCGACGACGUGACCCUCCCUUGGACCUACCGUUCGAACCAGUUUGAUUUCAUCCACGUGCGGGAAUUAUUCGGCUGCAUACCUGACUGGGAUGAGUUCUUUCGGCAAUGCUGGCGUUGCCUGAAACCCGGGGGCUACAUUGAGGUGGUGGAACAUUCAGUGGAACCGGUCGCGGAUGACGGGAGUGUGACCGCAGAUCACUUCUACCGGCUCUGGGGUCAAACAGUAAUCGAUGCUGGAGAGCAGUUCGGCAAGACGUUCCAAAUUUGGGAACAAAGCGCGACGCGUCUGAGGAACGCGGGUUUCGUUGAGGUGGUGGAACAGAGGUAUCAAUGGCCGAUGAAUGGAUGGAGUACCGAUCCUAAAGCACAUGAACUUGGCCGCUGGAACCAGCUUCGACUGCACGGCGGGGUGGAAGGCUUUAUGCUUCGUCUUCUCACUUCCACGCUGGAAUGGUCAUAUGAGCGGGCCCAGUUGUUCCUUGCGCAGAUGCGCAGCUCCCUCCGCGACUACCAGACACGGGCGUAUCUACCAGGAACGGUAGUUUACGCUCGAAAGCCCGACAACUUUGUGGUUUCACGGGAUUGACCGUGUACCUUCAUGACUUUAGUUUUUAGCAUUAUACCCCACGACUGAUGUACCAUAUACGAU